CCUUGCCGACGACCAGCAACCCUCCCGUCCGUCACUGUCGACGAACAACAGAACAGAUGUCCUGACAGUGGGCCCCGGGCCACCAGGAUGCCGACAGACGACGACUAUGGCCGAAGAGAUCGUCUCCUGUUGCACCAGCACCCGAUCGCACAGUACGGAUCCUCGUCAUCCCCGCUUCCCGGAUCGAGCGCACCGAGUUCCAGCGGCGUGGGGACUCAGAUUGGUUCCAACAAUCUCAGUGAUUGCUUUAAGCAGCAAGUACAGCAACAAUCGUCCGACUUGCGUUCGGUCACGAGUACAGCAAGCCAAUUGGGUCAAGAGCGUCACCAAUCGGACCAACAGACCCAAAGCAACGAGCAUGUCGGGACCCGAAUGGUUGAUCGACACGAGAAAUCCGCGGAGAAGCCUACGAUUGACUUUUCUAAGUGCGGAGAAAGUCGUCCGUCGAGUUGUGAGCGCUUUGGACAUUAUCAGACUCAAAGCGAGCAUGUGGGAGGAUGGAUGGGGGUUGAGCGGCACGAGAAGACCGUGGAUAAGUCUUGUAUUGAUUACUCAAAGUGUGGAGAAGAUCGUCAGCCGAGUUGUGAACGUUUCGGACAUUAUCAGGCUCAAAACGGCGAACAAGUGGGGAGUCGGAUGGGGGGCGAGCGACACGAGAAAUCAUCUGAUAAAUUGUUGGUCGAUUUCACCAAGUGCACCGCUGACGGUCGACAGUCGAGUUGCGAACGUUUCGGGCAUUAUCAGACUUCGACGUUCGGUCAGCCCUCAUUGCAGGGACACUACGGCGGUGCACAUGCAGGUGCUGAUCGUUUCACGCGAUUCAAUGACGUCAGCACGUUGCACGGUGAGCAACGGGUCUCGAACGAUCGUUACUCGGUUUGCAACCCGGAGUUGCGUUUUGACACGACGGGCACGAGCGGGUCCAACGAGUAUGCGAACGCGAAUGCACUCACGGGUAAUUUCGUUUCCGAAACGUUCCCAUCGCCACCAUCUCCAGCACCGGCUAAUGACCGCUUUGUCCCACCACCGCCACUGUCGCCCAGUCCAAGCGAGAAGUAUGCCUCGAGCCAGAGCUUGGCUGGUUACUCUUCUGUUGAUCGCAUUUUGCCCUCCAAUUCUCCGGGGCCCAAGUAUGGUGCCGACAGUGCCGCUUCAGCAUCGUCGAUGCCCGCCAAGGAGCGCUUUGCUUCCGCCGAACGGUUGCUGGCCAAUCAGCAGUCAGAUACAGGCGACGCUAAGGAUCAACAACGUUACGCUGGACCAUCUGAUCGCCUGCUUUCGGGAUCCUCUCCGAUCCUGGGAGGACUUCAAGCUGGACUCCAGGGCAGCACGGUCUACGCCAAAGAUACUCGCUACGCCACCAUUUCCGCUGAUAGGAUAUUAUCCUCAUCACCGAUACACGCACCGGUGCCUGAAAGAUUCGUUGACAAGUCGGAAAGGUAUUUGGGUGAAUCGCCCAUUCACGAUAGGUAUCCACGACAGGAUCCACCAGCACAUCACGAGCGGUAUUCGGCGAUGGCGACGCCCACUGAGAGGUUCCUUUCGAAUUCGCCUAAUCCUGAGAGCGCGCAUCAGCGCUAUUCAUCGUCAGACCGCUCAUCGCUUCAAACUUCCUCAAGUAAUACCGAGCAAAACCGACGCCUUUAUACCGACAGAGGAGUCGAGACGGUUUGCCAGAAGUAUACUGAUCGGUCCAUCGGCUCACCAGCGUCCGCUGACUUCGGACGAUACUCAGGUUUCUCCGAAGUCGGCAGUCAGACACGAUACGUGUCCAGCAACGAUCGCUUUAACGAUCUCGCUCUACAGCGUUGCAGUCAAUCGCGAUCGAUCGAUAGGUUUUCCAGCGAUCGGUACCUCGCUGGAUCGUCACCCGCACACGACGGCAGACUAUCCAGUGCCGAGACGCCGCGCUACAUCGUCUCUUCUACUGAACGUCUGUUGGCGCCGACAUCUUCCUCAUCGUCCUCCUCAUCAGAGACUGAUAAAUAUCAUUCACCCUAUACAACGACCACCAGCACUCAAUCUUCGGCCUCCAAUGAGCGUUUUGCGUCAAUUUCGCCAACGUCGGAAGCGUCAUCGAACGUCCACCGCAGCGGCAAUGGCGGUUAUCAGAACACAAAGAGUACCAUCGACAAGUAUUUGGUCUCAAAAUCGGUUCAAAGCAACUAUGAUCGCUACUCGGUCGGCAGUCAGAAUGAUCACCAGUUCGGCCAAGAUCGAUAUUUUACUACCAGCAAUAGUGGUGACCGAUUUCAGACUUCUCCCGGAACAGACCGUUUUCACACUCCUACUGAUCGCUAUUCGCCAGCACGCAGCGUCACGGAUAAGUACCUGUCCUUACCGAAGCCUAAGGAUAGGUUCACCGGUCGCAUAACACCUAUAUCUUGCGCCACCGCCGUCGCGACGUCUUCCACUGAUCGCACGUACGGCUCGUCCAACGUUAGCUACGUACCCCCAACUGCGCACACCCCAGUUGAACGAUACGUGCCUCAACCGCCUCCCGAAGUGCUCUAUCCGGAUAGGUAUGUGGAUAGAUAUGUGCCACCCGCAGCGCAUACGCCAACCGAUCGAUAUGUACCCACGAGCGAUCCAGGGGAUCCAUACAUGCGUCGCGACCUUGGCUUUCAUCAUCAUUAUCGGCUACCGCCGCCUACUGGUUACCCGUAUCAAACACAUUUCCGAUUCCGUGGAUUUGCAUACACAACGUCCAGCCGGCUGGGCGGCAGUCCUGGGUCCAGCAGCUCCAGCAGCACGACAUCUAAUCAGCGCGAGACGUUUGCCACGUCGCCAUUGCUGAGACCCAAAGUGCGUCCUUCCGCAGUCGAAUUUGGUGCGGCUACAGGCGCCGCCACCGUCUGCUGCGGAGACGUAUCCAACAACGGUAGAGCCUGCUGCCAGAUGAGGAGAUCUUUGCCUCCUGGAACUCUACCAGCCAUACCAACGCAGACUUCUUCAUGGCAACCAUCACCGAGUUCCGGCACGACUGGCACCUCGACGGUAUCGUCGACGACUGGCGAAGGGGACAUAGCACAGAGUAUCGGAAUGUAUCCAGUGAGCGUCGCGACGUCGUCAGCUGUGACAACGGCGACGCCGGUAACGACAGCGUCGGCGAUCGUGCCGCUGACCACCUCCGGCCUCGCCGCUGUAAGUUCUGGCAUCGCCAGGAGCGUUUCCGCGCCGAGCGCACCGCGGCCGGUCAUCCAGAUUAGUAGCUCUUCGGUGAGUGCUUCGGCAACGCAACGGCCAAAGUUGAAAAGAAAUCAAAGCCGCACCGAGGCCAUUCGGAACUAUAUUAAACGCGAGACAGCGCAGUUCUUCGGGGUCGAUGAGGAAUCGGAAGCCGCGGAGAAGCAGAGAUGGCUGGAUCGACGACGACGUAUGGCGUCGCGGAAGUACGGCGCUCUGGUACCGGAACACAGACCGCCGGAUCCGGACAUCACUCGGGACGUACCGGACACUACCGAGACACCGGAAGGUGUUACUCUCAGACGAUGGCAGCAACCAGUACGGAGGAAAGAUUCUGUAGCGAGGAUGACGCUGUCAGGUCUUCAUUACAUCGUCGAGUCGUUGAGAAGGCAGCGUCCUCGCGAGCGCUCGCAAUCACGUCCGGAAUCACGCAGCUUCCCGCCGAGCACGAUUGCGUAUCUGUCGAGGACAGAUCCCGAGGACAGGCCAGACAGCGGCCAGGACGAAGACGAGUCCUUCUUCGAGAGGCCCCCGCCGCCACCGCCGCCCCUUCCGCUUCCGCCGUUAUCUCAACAAUCGCAGACGCAAAUCGAUCAAGCUUCCAGCGGACUGGUCAAAGAUGAAGAGGUCGGCGUGAAAAUAAUGAAUAUUCUCGACUCUACGCAGGAUCGCGAGGGGAUUAGUACCGAAGAGUUAGUUGGGUUUGCACAGCAAAAGAGUGACAGGACGACGGUCGAUGGACAAGUCAGGCGACCCCGUUCGAUCACGAGGGACCACUAUAUUUCGAGAAAAACAAGUUGGAGCAGGUCGAAGUACGACGCGCCUCCGGCGGAAAGUACAAGGGUGCCGCAAGAGGAGGGGGUGACUCUUCGUAACCGAGAGAUAGCUGGGGCCACAAGGAUCUCCCGUAGCACGAUCGAUCGUGUCUUCGACAACAGUAAUCGACGACGAUACGGGAUGGGUAUUGUCGGUCGCUUCUUUGGGCGAUCUUUUCGAAAAAGCGUUGCGCACAAACCAAACAUAAAGAAACAGUUAGACAAUUUCGAGGAUCAUCGACCGUAUUUCACGUACUGGAUCACUACUGUGCAAGUAUUGAUUCUGAUAAUAUCGCUGGCGUGUUACGGAUUUGGUCCUGUCGGGAUGGAUCUCGACCAUCGAUCGGGAUUGGUUCUUGUAACGAGUCUGUCGUUACAACAAGUCGACUAUCAGGAACCCGCGAACUUCUGGCUGGGGCCUAGGGCAGCAGAUCUCAUUCAUCUUGGUGCCAAGUUCGCACCGUGUAUGCGUCGUGAUAUCAAGAUCCUAAAAGAGAUCGAUGUAUGGCGGGAAAGAGAACGGGAUACUGCUUGUUGCAUCAGAAAUGACGAUUCCGGCUGCGUUCAAUCCAGCAAAGCAGAUUGUUCUAACACAAUAUCGACCUGGAAGAAGUGGGGACCUGGAGACAGUGGGCCUGGCGGUCGAAUCAGUGGAUCAGUUUGUGGACUGGACCCUAAGUUUUGCGAUGCCCCGGCAAGCAUCGCACCUUACGAGUGGCCAGAUGACAUUACCAAGUGGCCAAUUUGUCGGAAAACUAAUCCCUUUAACCAACGCUUCAGUAAAAACGCAGGUCAACGGAGCAGCAACGCCAAUUUUCCGAUUGGUCGUUACAAGGAUAAGAUGGCGGAGCACAUGGUGUGCGAAGUAAUUGGCCACCCGUGUUGUAUCGGGAUUCACGGGAUGUGUCGGAUUACCACGAAGGAAUAUUGCGAUUUUGUCCACGGUUACUUUCACGAGGAAGCGUCUCUGUGCUCCCAGGUGGAAUGUUUGCACGAUGUCUGCGGAAUGAUACCGUUUCUGCAUCCAGAAUGGCCAGACCAGUUCUACAGACUCUUUACCACCAUUUUUCUUCAUGCCGGAAUCGUCCAUUUGAUAAUUACGUUGCUGAUCCAAUAUUUUCUGAUGAGAGAUUUGGAAAAACUGACAGGCUCGUUGCGCAUCGCUUUGAUCUACUUUAUUGGUGCUCUUGCUGGGAAUUUGGCCAGUGCAAUAUUUGUCCCUUACAGGGCAGAGGUUGGUCCAGCCGGCGCACAUUUCGCUCUACUUGCCACGUUGGUAGUCGAAGUGCUGCAUUGCUGGCCGAUGCUAAAGCACCCGCGUCGCGCACUGUCUAAGCUAAUCCUGAUUCUGUUGGGACUGUUGACGCUGGGUAUUCUGCCAUGGAUAGAUAAUUACGCGCAUCUAUUUGGCUUCAUCUUUGGCUUUUUAGCGGCCUACGCACUGAUGCCCUUUAUCUCGUUUGGUCAUUAUGACCGUAGACGGAAGAUCUUACUGAUUUGGGUCUGCAUGAUUCUGAUUGUGGGCCUGUUCGCCUUGUUACUCGCCCUCUUUUACAACGUACCGGUGUACGAGUGUGAGGUGUGCAAACUGUUCAAUUGCGUGCCGUUCACCCGCGACUUUUGCGCAUCCCAGAACAUCAAUUUCAAACGAGAGGAGCCAGUAUGACAUACGGAGCCGCGGUUCACAGUCGAGCGCGAAUUUGUUCCGCUCGGCUCCCGACUUUACGCUCCUCAUCGUACACAUCACUACAAUAUUAUGCCAUUACCAUUCGCCGCGCUCGUUCUCACGACGCUCUUCGUAGACUCCCAAAGACGCGACUGAA